AUGAUGGAAGAUUACUUUGUGGAGCGUCUAGUUUUCAGUGAAGAGGUAUUCCGGACAAGGUACAGGAUGAGUCACAACCGCAUCUCCAGUGACCUUUGUCGCUAUGACUCAUACUUUGUCCAGAAAUCAGAUGCUGCAGGCAAAGUCGGACUACUUUCCCAACAGAAGCUGAUAUGUUCCUUAAGAAUGCUUGCUUAUGGUGCCGGGGCAGAUCAAUGUACUGAGUAUUGUUGGUUGGCGAAAUCUACAUCCAUUGAGGCUCUGAAACAAUUUACAAGAGGAAUCAUUAAUCUGUACUCGGCAGAAUACCUCCGGGCUCCUAAUCCGGGCGACCUCAGAAGACUUCUUGCCAAAGCUGAGAGAAGGGGCUUUCCUGGGAUGAUUGGAAGCAUCAACUGCAUGCACUGGCAAUGGAAGAAUUGCCCAACAGGUUAG